GGGUUCCUGGUGCUGGGCGGCAUGGCCAUCCACCCGUGUCCAUCGUUGCUCCGUGUCCCUGCGCAUUAACCGUGGAGAACUUCUUUCCAGGCGCCAAAGGGGGAAGGGCAGGGCUGCCCUCGACAGCGGGGCUGGGCCUUGCUGCAGGCGCCGCUGGUCCUAACUAGAGGGGUAAAAGUGAAGCCACUGGCCACGGCCAAGGAGGACAGGCUCAGAGUUGGGGGUGGGCUUGGGGAGGCGCUGGGGUCACAGGAGCACUUCCAGACGGGUUCUAAGGUGGUGCCUCUGCCCCUGCUAACUCAGAGGGCAGGGACACCGCCUCCUGUGGCUCACCUGAGUUACUCCUCACCGGUCACCACGGCGGAACCUCGGGAUACCUCUGUCGCCUCACAAAAGGGUGGCCCACGCUCCAUCUUGGUGGACUUGCUCCCUGUGUGAAAAUCCUGCCUUCAGGGUCCAUCCUGGCUGUGACAAGGAUUGAAGCAUUUCAGGGCUAAAGCGUAUUCCAACAUGCCUUCACAAUCAUGGACCAGAACAGAGACGGCUUCAUUGACAAGAAUGACCUGAGGGACACAUUUGCUGCCCUAGGACGAGUGAACGUGAAAAAUGAAGAGAUCGACGAGAUGAUCAAGGAAGCUCCAGGUCCAAUCAACUUCACCGUGUUCCUCACCAUGUUUGGGGAAAAGCUUAAAGGGGCUGACCCCGAGGAGACCAUUCUCAACGCAUUCAAGGUGUUUGACCCUGAAGGCAAAGGGUCGCUGAAGGCUGACUAUGUCCGGGAGAUGCUUACCACCCAAGCAGAGAGAUUUUCCAAAGAGGAGAUCGACCAGAUGUUCGCGGCCUUUCCCCCAGAUGUCACGGGCAAUCUAGAUUACAAGAAUUUAGUCCACAUCAUCACCCACGGGGAGGAGAAGGACUGAGCCCUGAGCCCUGAGCCAUAGUCUCCGGCGACCGACACCCUGCUAUCCAGCCCGGCCCCUGCUGCCCCAGCCUGCAGGUGCUCACCAUCCCAGGGUCAUGCGCAAAUAAACAGGAAGUCUUGGAUCUA